AUGCCAGCCGCGGCACAACCAUCGCACGCGCCGCCACCACAGAUCCCAGGCUUCCAGAUCCCGAACGACGAGGCGCAUUCACUCAAACAAUCUGUCGCCGAACUCCUCGAACGCGAAAACCUGCGCUUCCCCGGCGCGCAACCCGUAUCAUUCGCUCGCGAACACAUUGCCGAGCUCCAGCGGAAUGAAUACUUCAUGUGCGAGAAGACGGACGGCUUGCGCUGCCUGCUCUUCUUACAUUGGCAGGAGGGACCAACCGGCGCUUUCGAGCCUUUGACCUUUCUGAUCGACAGAAAGAACAACUACUACAACGUACAACCUCCCUUUCGGAUACGCCAUUACCUGCACCCCAACGAAGCCGAGCCUUUCCUAUUCGGCACCAUCCUUGAUGGCGAGUUGGUUCACGAUCAAUACCCGAACGAGUCUGCGCCGCGUCUCAACUUCUACGUUUUCGACUGUCUGGCGGUAGACGGCACGAACGUGACGGGCAGGACACUGGACAAGCGGUUGGGUCGGUUACACGAUUGGGUGAUCAAGCCAUACGAGGCCAACUUGACGAGGACAUUCGGAAAGAACAUCACGCCAGCUGACCUCAAACCGUUUGCUCUCAAGGGAAAGAAGACCUACUCUGCGUACAAGCUCGAGGACAUGUUCAGUAGUAUCCUCCCGAACCUCAGACACGGCAACGACGGCCUGAUCUUCACCUGCGUAUCCACACCCUACCAGUUCGGCACCGAUAGACACAUCCUCAAGUGGAAGCCACCACAUGAGAACACCAUCGAUUUCAAGCUGCGCCUCGGCGAUUUUCCACCCAUGGAUCCACAAGACGGCGAAGACGGUCUCGUUCCCGACUACGAUGCCAUGCCCAGCCCCAUCCAAUUGCUUGUUCAGCACAACUCGAACCACUAUGAGGUGUUCGCCACUCUCUCUCUCACCCCAGCCGAGUGGGAGACGCUCAAGUCGCUCAACCAGCGUCUAGACGGUCGUAUCAUAGAGUGCUACCGUACAGAAGGCGGGCAAUGGAAAUACAAGGCGGAGGCGGACGGUACGCCACGCUGGCGCGACGAUAAGAAGGAUGCGAACCAUAUUAGCACGGUUAAUAGCGUGCUGGCUAGUAUCGAGGCUCCUGUGACCGAGAUGGAUCUAUUGGCCAAUGCUGAAAAUAUCAAACGGGAAACCUAUCGCCUACAAGGCAAGCUGGACCAAUACCGUCCUCCCCAGGACGGUGAGCGUGAGGCCAAAAAGCGGAAAUACAGUGACAUGGGCCUCAACGGUCACUGA